GAGGUCUAGGUGCCUGGGAGUCGGGCGUGGGGGGACAGAGGUCGCUUCUCCCUGGCAGGGUCCAAGGAGAAAUCCGAGUAGCUGCUGACGUCUAGCCGCCAAGGGGGAACGGCCUGCUGGCGCUCUGCGUUCUCUGUAAGGGUCCGAAGAAGGAUAGAGCAGAGGGUGGGGUGAGCACAGGUGGAUGGGCAGUGUCAGAGAUAGUAUCAGGGGAAAGGCCAGUGCCCAGGAAACAGGCAGUGUGCCGGAGGAGGCAGCACCUGGGUGAAGGGGCACGUGGGAGCAGCGGGGGUUCCCAGGAGGAGGGAGCAGUGUCCAGGAAGGGGGCAGUGUGAGAGCCGGCACCCUAGAGGAAGGGGCAAUGUAAAGGAAGAGGUGGUAUCCGUAGGAGAGGAUAGUGUCAGGAUGAAGGAGCACAUAGGAGAGCUUGUCCAGGAGAGGGUCGUGGCGGGGGGGAAAGGGCAGAACCGAGCUUAAGGGGCAGUGCACAAGGAGGGCAGUGGGUGGGGGUUAACGCCUGCUGAAGGGGCAGUGUGAGGGAAGAGAGUAGAGGUGGGGACGGUGCAGGCUUUCCUCUUUCCCAUGGUGUGACAUCAUGGCAAAUUCCCAAACUGGACGGACCUGGCUCAGGUGACAGCCAUCUGGGCCGAGCCGGCCCGGGCCGGCCUAGGUGCCAGCUGGAGGGGCUGGGUCCUGAGCCCUGCCGGGCCAGCGCCCUGGGGGCGGGGUUCUGCUUCGCUCGCCCUUCGCACGGACUGUGCCCUCGGCGGGCACGCGGACCUGCACGGUAGGGCUCGGGCCAGGCUUCUCUGGGCCAAGGAUCAAGGUCCCGGGCUGGGGUAGGCCCCCAAGCAUUCCAGUCUUCCUGACCUGGCUUCUGAAGAGGGCGCAGUAGAGCCACUGGAGAGAGCCGGCAAGACGCCGCCUCGGCCGGAGGUGGGACCUAUCGUGUUGCCGCCCGGGGCGGAGUUAUUUGGACCUGAGACCCGCCCUUAAUACUGCUGCCUCUCAGAAAGAAUCGUUCGGGGCGGAAGUUAAGGAGCCCCGAGAGCUAUGUGGCGGAAGUGGCCGCGUUCCUGCUUGUCCGUGCGCACGCGUUGUUCUAUUUCUUAGCCGCCGCUCUUCAAGCGCUGCCUUUUCCUUUCUCCUCUCUUUUCCUCCACGCGAGGGGGUUCGCGUACCCCUAGUCGUCGUGGUCGCGCGCUCAGCCCCUACCCUAUUUUCGUGGCCCCCUCACCAUGGCGGGCAUACUGUUUGAGGAUAUUUUUGAUGUAAAAGACAUUGACCCGGAGGGCAAAAAGUUUGACCGAGUGUCUCGACUGCAUUGUGAGAGUGAAUCUUUCAAGAUGGACCUCAUAUUAGAUGUAAACAUUCAGAUUUACCCUGUAGACUUGGGUGACAAGUUCCGGUUGGUCAUAGCCAGUACUUUGUAUGAAGAUGGUACUCUGGAUGAUGGUGAAUACAACCCUACAGAUGAUAGGCCUUCCAGGGCUGACCAAUUUGAGUAUGUAAUGUAUGGGAAAGUGUACAGGAUUGAGGGAGAUGAAACUUCUACUGAAGCAGCAACACGCCUCUCUGCCUACGUGUCCUAUGGGGGCCUGCUCAUGAGGCUGCAGGGUGAUGCCAACAAUCUGCAUGGAUUUGAAGUGGAUUCCCGAGUUUAUCUGCUGAUGAAGAAACUGGCCUUCUGAACCACCCAGGGAGCCAGCCUUGCUGCUUAGUCAUGCAGAUCAUGGACGUUCGUUCAAGCCCGAGUAGCAGUUGCUGUUGUUCACCUGUUCAGGAGGGGCUGGCUCUCUGUCCACUGUGGGUGCAUCUUUAGGAGGUCUGGACUCAAUGGGAAACUGACUUGCCUGCAAAAGACCCAGUGGGAGAGCUUAAAAUGAAUCAGAAGUUGUUUUAUGUAUAUGAUUUUUUUAAAUUAAACUUUACUUUUUCA